AUGGCUGGGAAAAUUAAGGACAAACUCAGAAAACGCGAUCGAAUUUUUGCUGCUCUCGAUCGGCAUGUAGUUUUCUUGGAAGAGUAUGAUCCAGAAACUAAAAAGGGGCAAGUUCAAUCCCGUUUGGAUAAGCUUGAGGCAUCUUCGGAAGAAUUCAAUGAGCUUCAGGAAGAUUUAUCAGAAGUCGAUACAAAGGGCGAAUUAGAAGAUGAUAUUACGAAAGCGUACGCUGACUUCGAAGAACGCUAUUACGAAAUUAGGGCUAGCCUUCUGGGUAAAUUAGAACCUCCUCCAUCUCCAGCAAAUUUGGAUAACACUAUAGGUCGUAACAAUGGUGCUUUGGGUGCGCACACAGGCGUUCGGUUACCGCAAAUUUCUCUACCAGAGUUUAACGGGGAUUUCAAAGGCUGGCUUUCUUUCAAGUCAACGUUUGUAUCAUUAAUACAUGACUCUAAUGAACUCAGUGACGUGCAGAAAUUUCAUUAUCUGAAAUCUGCACUAAAAGGGGAGGCGGCCAAACUGAUCGAGUCUCUCACGAUCACCAACGGAAAUUAUAUGAUAGCGUGGGACACCAUCAGCAAGCGCUACUCCAACGAAUACCUGUUAAAGAAGCGACAUCUCCAGGCGUUGAUGGAAUUCCCGAGGAUUGAAAAAGAGACGGCGGGACGAAUACAUCGACUGGUGGACGAGUUUGAUCAACGACUGAAGAUCUUGAAGCAACUGGGUGAGAAGACGGAACAUUGGGGAGCGAUGAUUAUCCAUUGGAUGUGCUCUAAGCUGGAUUCUCGCACUUCGCAGUUAUGGGAAGAUCAUGCCGCAUCGAUAAAAGAACCAACAUUUUCGGUAUUGGUGGACUUCUUGGAGAAACGAACAAGAGUAUUAGAUGCGGUGUUGUCCAACGCAAACAAUGGUUCGGUCCAACCCAAGACAAUUAUGAAACGUGAGCGUAUAGCGGUGCAUGCUUCUUCGGAAGGCGGAAGGAACGAGCCUACUUGUCUAUGUUGUGGCGAUCUGCAUUAUUUGGUACGGUGUUCAAAAUUCCAGGAUCUCGGGCUGAAGGAAAAGUUAGAUUUCGUCAACGGCAAGCGUUUAUGUAGCAAUUGUUUUAAGACAGGUCACUGGGUACGAGAUUGCAACUCGAAGUUUAGCUGUAAGAAAUGCGGGAAGAAACACAACACAUUGAUACAUCCGGGAUUUCAACCAGCAAAGGCAACAAGCGGCAGUUCAGAAGACAACGAAUCAACGACUGGACGGAAAAGUGACGUAGCUAGGAUGCACAUCGCUGCAGAAAUAACAGACGGAAGAGACAGUGAUGCAGCAGAAGGAUCCACAGCAGGAUCAUAUAGUGUCGGAACUAAAAAGAAUAGCUUGAGUUCUAGAGUAUUUCUUUCUACGGUGGUGGUAGCGAUACACGAUCAAAAUGGUAAUAAACAACUAGCUCGAGCGUUGUUGGAUAAUGGAUCCCAGGUUAAUGUUCUGAGUGAGAGGCUGUGUCAAAUGCUGAAGCUUAAACGUCGACGGAUUUGCAUUCCAAUAACGGGAGUUGGACAGUCUGAAUCAACGGCGAGACAUGCGGUUAGUACAACGGUCCAUUCCCGAGUUAGCGAUUUUUCCAUUGGAUUGGAUUUCUUGGUGUUACAGCGGGUCACAGCUGAACUUCCUUCAGCAACGGUACCAAUUUCCCAUUGGAAUAUUCCUCCCAAUCUUCAGAUGGCGGAUCCUCAAUUCAAUUUCAGUGGUCGCAUUGAUCUUCUAUUAGGCGCAGAGCAUUUCUUCGGUUUCUUGGUAGACAGGGAGGUGAAAAAGAUGGUCUUGGGUCCGAAGCUACCGAUACUUGUGAAUUCAGUUUUUGGGUGGAUUGUUUCCGGUCGUGAUGAAAGCAUACCACGGAAAAGGACAGUGCGAUGCUGCACAGCAACAACCACCGAGAAACUCGAGGAACUGAUCGAAAAAUUCUGGCGGGUAGAUGGCUGUGAAGACCAGCCUGCUUGGUCUAAGGAGGAACAAGAAUGCGAAGAGGACUUCAAGAGAACACACUCAAGAUCAGAAAAUGGUCGAUACAUCAUUAAGUUACCCAAACAUACGAACUGGGAUCGGAUGUUGGGAAAUUCUCGAGCAAUGGCAUUGGAUAGAUACCGCAAAUUGGAAAAACGACUGGAACGGAACCAGAACAUGAAGGAACAAUAUCAUUCAUUCAUGAAGGAAUAUUUGUUUAUGCAACACAUGCGGAAGAUAUCGGAUUUGGAGCUUCAAUCAGAAGUCCAAGAACCGGACCGGCGGAAGGUAUUUUAUUUGCCGCACCACGCGGUGAUCAAAGAAGCAAGCACGACUACAAAAGUACGCGUCGUCUUUGAUGCUUCGGCGCAAGAUGAGCCCAUAGGUGUGUACGAACUACUUACAGUUACGUAUGGACUCACUCCUUCAUCUUUCUUAGCAACACGGGUGCUGAAACAGCUAGCUGAAGACGAAGGAAUGGAAGGUAAUAAAGCUCGAUCAGUGCUAGAAAAGGAUUUCUACGUCGACGACUAUAUUGGAGGAGCCCCAAGUGUCGACGAAGCUAUCGAAUUGAGGGAAGAUUUAACGUCGUUGAUGAACAAAGGAGGUUUUCCAAUCCGGAUUACUUGGGAACCGAAAGCUGACCAGCUUAGAUUCCUUUACAAUGUUGGAGAUGAUGAAGGUGAAUGGACCAGGCGGCGCAUACUGGCUGCGAUCGCUAAAUUAUUUGACCCUCUCGGGAUAAUCUCGCCCGUGGUAGUCACCGCAAAAAUUAUUAUGCAGGAGCUGGCUCUGCUGCAAACCGGGUGGGAUGCUCCGGUACCGCCGCAGCUCGAGCAGAAAUGGAUUAAUUUUCAUAGCCGUUUGUUUAAAUUGGCCGACUUCAGCAUACCCAGAUUUUGCUUCAUUCCAGAUUACGUCGACGUUCAACUUCAUUGCUUCGCCGACGCAUCGGAUCUUGCGUAUGGAGCCUGCAUGUAUAUUCGGUCCAUAAAUCGACAGGGCAAUGUACGUGUUGAACUUCUAUCGUCGAAAUCUCGGGUCGCUCCACUAAAGCGAUUAACGAUUCCGAGAUUAGAACUAUGCGCAGCGAGAGAAGCUGCCCGGUUAUAUCAAGCCGUUAUUAAGGCCCUCGCGUUAGAUCACAUUCGUUCAUUUUUCUGGUCGGACUCAACUGUGGUUCUCCAUUGGCUGAGGGCCCCACCGAAUUCGUGGAAAACUUUCAUCGCAAACCGCGUUUCAGUUAUCCAGACAGCUACAUAUGGACAUUUGUGGCUACAUGUAGCCGGCAAAGAAAAUCCUGCGGAUCUUGUUUCCCGAGGAAUGCCUAUUGAAGAUUUUUUGAUCAGUGAUCUUUGGAAGCAAGGACCUUCAUGGCUGAAACAGGAGCCAUUGAAAUGGCAGACGGACAUUUCUAUAUCCGUUCCUGAGGAAACAGAUCUGGAAUCUCGAGUUCUCGCUCCCAUAGCCAUCACAACCGCCACUCCACCUCAUCGUCGAGCAGCCCCACUGAAAUGUUAUAUUUCCGUGUUCAUUUGCUUCACGACCAAGGCAAUCCAUCUAGAGCUUGUCAUGGAUCUUUCGACAGCUGGAUUCCUGUCUGCCCUUCGCCGAUUUGUCGGGCACCAUGGGAUUCCAUCGCAGAUUCACUCCGACAACGCUACAAACUUUCAAGGCGCUAAGCACGAGUUACGUGAUCUGUACAGGGGGCUCAACAGCAAAGCCGGACAACAAGCUAUUGGAUCUGAGUUGUCCCAGCUAGGAAUUUCUUGGCAUAUGAUUCCACCCCGCGCUCCCAAUUUCGGAGGAUUAUGGGAGGCAGCGGUGCGCUCCGCCAAAAUUUGCCUGAAAAAAGAAAUCGGUAACAACCAGCUAAGUCACGAGAACUUUUGUACUCUUCUCGUACAAAUAUCAGCCACCCUAAAUUCGAGACCUCUAGCACCAUUAUCAGAUGAUCCAAACGAUUUUGAGGCCCUCACCCCAGCUCAUUUUUUGAUCGGGUCAUCAAUGAAGGCUCUUCCCGAUCCUGACCUUACCGCCAUACCCACUAACCGUUUAGCUCAUUAUCAGCAACGACAACAGCUUUUCCAACGUUAUUGGCAGCGCUGGAGCCAGGAGUACAUCACUGGACUACAGCAAUCAACCAAGAACCUUCACCAAAGCAUUAUACGCAUCGGCAGCAUCGUGAUCCUUCGCGAGGACAACGUCCCACCUUUACAAUGGCCACUAGCGAGGAUAGUUGAUCUUCACCCGGGCGCAGAUGGAGUCGUUCGGGUAGUCACUAUAAGGACAACGAGAGGAACUUACAAGCGCCCAGUCAACCGAAUUUGCCCUUUACCUUUAGAGGACACUGGAACACUCGCAGAGUUAUGA